AGUAUUAACAAAUAUUAUACAAAUUAAAAUAAAACAACAAAAGAGCUAAAAACGAAUAGAAAUUUUGUACAAAAAAAAAAGAGAGAGAGAACUCUUAUAUGGAGUAUAUUGUUUCAUUUGUCUUUGUCUAAAAAUUCUUUGGAGAAAGAGAAUUAAGCACUAAAAAAUAAAUUCCUACUAUGUUUUCGAUUAUUACAAAGAACAAUAUUUGAGUUUGUGACUACCCACAAUUUCUCUCUUUUUUCUUCAUCAUGUUCGUCAAGAAGCUCGUGGAGAAAGCUUCUAUAAAGAAGCUUGGUGGAAAUUCAUCAGCUGGAUUAAGAGCUAGUGAUGUAGAUCCACGGCUGAUAUUUCAUCAUGGGGUACCAUCAGGUGGUACCAUGUUUGCCUAUGACAAUAUUCACAACAUAUUGGCCCUAUCUACCAAUGAUGGGAGGAUUAAGUUAUUUGGUAAAGAUAAUACUCAAGUCCUACUUGAAUCUAAUAAGCCAGUGCCAAGCAAGUUUUUCCAGUUCAUCAAGAAUCAAGGCAUCCUUAUAAAUGUUACUUCAAAUAACCAUAUUGAGGUUUGGGACAUAGACAAGAAACUGUUGUGUGACUUGUACAUUGUUAAAGAAGAAAUCACUUCUUUUGUAAUCAUUCAGCACAGCCUCUACAUGUAUAUUGGAGUUUCUAGUGGUGAUAUUUCAGUUUUGAAGCUUCAUCAAGAUUUGCAUGUGGAAAAAAUGAAUUACACCAUACCCCUCUCAGCUUCUUUUGAGAAUGAAGUGUUUGAUGAUACCGUUGUGGCACACAUAUUGCCUCAACCAGCAGCUGAAACUAAGAGAGUUCUCAUAAUCUUUAGAAAGGGUCAAAUAAUAUUAUGGGAUAUUCAAGAAAGCAUAUGCAUUUUCAGAAGUGGUGGAAGUUUGUCACAGCAACUACAUAAUGAAACAAAGAAAGUGUCUUGUGCAUGUUGGAUGUGUCCUUUUGGAAGCAAAGUAGCUGUAGGGUAUAGCAAUGGAGAGCUUUACAUUUGGAGUAUCCCUUCUCUAACAGCAGGAAAUGUCUCAGCAUCUGACCAUAGCAGCAAAAACAUUCCUAUGUUCAAAUUUAACUUAGGAUAUAAAUCAGAUAAAACUUGUAUAGUAUCAGUAAAAUGGAUAUAUGCUGAAGGAAAGACUAGUAGAUUAUAUGUCUUGGGAGCUUCUCAAUCAAUGCAGGUAGUGUUGUUGAAUGAACAUACCGAAACUCGCACAAUUAAGUUAGGACUAUAUUUGUCUGAAUUAUGUGUUGACAUGGAGAUUAUAUCAAGCUCAAAUGAGCAAAGCAAACAUAAACAAAAUUCUUUGAUUUUGCUUGGGAAAUCAGGCCAUGUGUAUCUGUAUGAUGAUAGUAUGAUUGAAAGGUAUCUAUUGCAAUGCCAAUCUAAGUCCACUCCCUCACUGCCAAAGGAAGUUAUGGUGAAGCUACCACUAGCUGAUUGCAUCACCAUAGCAAAAUUCAUCUCCAACACUCCCAAUGGAUUUUACUCUCAAGAUGAGUAUUACAGUCAGAUGCUAAGAAAUUAUCCACAGCUUAUUACAAUUGAAACAAAUCAUAAAGAUGGGAUUAACCUGAGUUCUGCCAACUUUUCUGGAUUUUCAAACAUUAAAAACUUGUACAUAACUGGACACCAUAAUGGAGCCAUUACAUUUUGGGAUGCAUCAUGUCCCUUUUUCAUCCCAGUUUUGCAAUUAAAGCAACAGAGUGAAAAUGAUCAUUCUUUAAGUGGUGUACCCUUGACAGAAUUAUAUUUUGACAUCAACACUCCUCUCCUUGUUUCUGGUGAUCAGAGUGGAAUGGUUCGUAUAUUCAGAUUCAAACCCGAACCAUACGCCUACAACAGUUUCAUGUCUCUUACUGGAAGUACAAAGAAAGGGGUUGAUCAUGUUAUCCAGAGUGUGAAACUUAUACAAACUAUUGGUGCUGUAAUUUGUAUGAAUAUAGAUCAUAGCUCAGGGCAUCUUGCUGUUGGUACUGAUCAAGGAAACGUUUCAGUUAUUAACAUAGAUGGCCCAACUCUGUUGUAUCAGAAACAUUUUGCAAGUGAAAUUUCUACUGGUAUCAUCUCUCUGCAGUUCAUAACAUGCAGUUUAUAUGGUUUCUCAAAAAACAUCUUAGCAGUUGGAACAAAGGACUCGUCGGUUUUGGCACUGGAUAAUGAAACUGGAAAUACACUUAGCACUGGAACUGUUCAUCCUAAGAAGCCAUCUAAAGCUUUAUUUAUGCAGGUUUUGGAUGAACAAGGUGAACCAAUUACAAAAGAUAGCUUAUAUUUGAGAGAAGGGAAUCAUAUUGAGGAUGCAACAACAAAGAAAAUGUACAUUUUGUUGUGUUCUGAGAAGGCUUUAUAUAUCUAUUCAUUUGAGCAUGCUCUACAGGGAAUCAAAAAGGUGCUUUACAAAAAGAAGUUCUCUCUUUCUUCCUGUUGCUGGGCAUCGACAUUUCACAGCGCCUCUGACAUUGGUCUCAUACUACUUUUCACCUCUGGAAAAGUAGAAUUAAGGUCUUUACCAGAAUUAUCUUUGAUAGUGAAAACUUCAAUUAGAGGCUUCACUUAUUCACCUCCGAAGUUGAAGUCAUUUUCUGACAGCCAGAUAUGUUGUUCAUCCAGAGGCGAGAUUGUUUUGGUGAAUAGUGACCAGGAAAUUUCUGUUGUCUCAUUGUUGGUCCAGAGGAAUAUUUUCAGGCUUUUGGACUCUGUUGGCUGCGUCUACAGGAAGGAAAGAAUGCUAUCACAAGAGCUUGUUCCUUACCAGGUCAUACCUAAGGAGAAGAAGGGCAUAUUCAACUCUGUUGUCAAAGAUUUUACUGGCAGUAAAGAAAAGUACAUGCCCCUAAUGGAAAAAGAAGAUCCCAAAGAAAGUAUCCAGGAACUCUCUGCAAUAUUUUCACAUGCAAAUUUUCCACCAGAAGCCAACUAUACUGUGGAUGAAAAUCAGCUAGAAUCAAACUUAGAUGACACAGAUCUGGAGCAUCAUAGAGAAAUACGCAAAGAACAAAGCAUAUUAGGAGCUCUUAAUAAGAAGAAAUUGGCUGGCAAAUUUCAGGCUCUGAAAGGAAAAGUGAAAGAGAUGAAGGGAAACAACCAGAAAGCAUCAGAUAAGGAAGAGCAACAAGAUGAGAAAGCUGAUGCAGUCAAUCAAAUUAAGAAGAAAUAUGGAUUUCUAUCUUCAUCCAAUGAAACAAGUGUUGCUAAAUUGGAAGAAAGCAAGCUGCAGGAAAACAUAAGGAAAUUACAGGGUAUUGAGCUACAUACUACAGAGAUACAAAAUACAGCAAAAUCAUUUUUAUCAAGGGCAAAACAGGUGCUGAGAAAAGCUGAACAAGAUAAACAAAGUUGAUAAUAUCUGUUAGUUUUGUUUCUUUUAAAAUGAACCUGCUCCAUUACUGACGUAUGUGGAUUGCACACAGAAGAGAAGCUUGACAGAUGACCGACCACAACCAACGGAGCAAAUGAAACAGCAAUAGCUCCAACUUUAUGUGAUACAUUAUAUUGAUAAAGACCCACAACUGAUUCAAGGACAUACACAAGUCAUUUGCUCUGGAAUUUGUAAAUUAAAAUAUCAUAAGCUUAUGUUCA